AGCUACGAACGAGCGAAAGAAGCAAACUUGGAAGUUGGAACUGGUUGGAACGAAUUCAUCCGUGGCCGCGCAGGCGCAACGUUGAACGUCUUGAUGUGACGUAAUUGCCCAUUCAUAGUUUUUAUUCAUUGAGAAAUGAAGUUUUCAAAACAUUUUCAUGAUCAAGUUGUGUUGAAUAGAAACAAUGGUUCGAAAUGUGAGCUAAGUGUUUUUGUUAAUUAAAACCAAAUCAAGAAAGGGAUUAUUAUGUUGAACUGAGUGCGUUCAUUCAUUGAUAGAAAAGUGUUCACUGUGUUCAGUGCAUGUAUUGAGCACAUGCGCAAUGCAAUCGUAAUUUUAUUUGGUUUAUUGUGUGUUACAAAUUUAUAUACAAAACAUCGUCGAAAAUGUGGAUUCUUAGAGUGAACUUUGUGUACGGAUUUCAAUUACCCAGCUAAUUCGAGAACAGGCUCAAGUAGACCAUUACGACACUCCGGAAGUGGCGGGACAAGCCGGCCGAACGGGCUCGUUCCGAAAGAGAUAACAGCGGAUGAAAGAGAUAAACAGUUAUGGAUUUAACAUGGCGGACGAUAUGCGUAAAGUGCGAGUUGAAGAAAGAUUGAAAAUAAAGAUCGGUGAAGCUAAAAACUUGCCAGGUCGCAGCCAUGGGGCAGCAUGCCACCGUGACAUAUACUGCGUGCUGUCGCUGGACCAAGAGGAGAUAUUUCGCACGUCCACCAUGGAGAGAACUCUCAAUCCAUUCUUCGGCGAAGAGUUCCAAUUCGAGGUGCCUCGACGAUUUCGAUACCUUUCCAUAUACGUGUUCGAUCGUGACAAGCAUCUCAAACAAGACAAAGUGCUCGGUAAAGUGGCAAUCAAGCGAGAAGACUUGCACAGGUACAACAAUAAAGACCAUUGGUUCGCGUUGCGACCGGUGGACGCAGACUCAGAGGUGCAAGGGAAGGCGUAUAUCGAGCUCACACUCGAAGACUCCAGAAAAAGGUUACGAAUGGAACCGAAGCCGCCCGACCCUGACCCCGCAGCUGACAACUGUUCCACUAAGUCGAAAGGGAAUAACCUUGUAAGAUUAUCUGAAUAUUGUAAGGAAAGUAUGAGGUUUGGCUCUUGCUCGAGUUCCACUAGCAAGAAGCUAUUAAGUGCGGUUGCGACGGAGCCAUCUCUGUCAUUAUCGCGUUCGGAGAGUUUAAAGGAUCGGGCACAGUGGGCGGCUAGGACGAAGCCCCCCAUGCACGCUAUGCCUGAGUCAGACGCCUCCCCCACACCCACCGCCGCUGACUACUGGUCAGACCCCGAGAGGCACUGCGCAGCGCGAGUAGGCCACGACACCCUGCGCCUCCGAGUGCUGGAGUGCUCGGAGCUCACCACCAAGAACGGACAGUGUGACCCGUUUGCUCUCGUCACGUUAUUGUAUUCCAACGGGCGAAGAGUUGAAAAACGUACGAAACCCAAAAAGAAGACUGUAAAUCCACAAUUUGACGAAAUAUUUUGUUUUGAUCUCGUAAUGGACGCUGACCCGAAAGACAAAGAUGGAUCACAAACGGCGGGUGUGGCUUGUGAAGCCAGAGUGUCGGUGUGGCAUGACGCUGCGACGCCAAUCUUUCUCGGCGAGGUUCGUCUACAACUGCGACAACCCUCGCCGACACCUUUACGUGCAUGGUUCUUCCUAACGUCCCGCGCGGGUGGAGCCCUAUCCCGCGGUGCAACGCCGCCAGGCACGCGGCUGUCGGCCGCAGGCAGCGCCACACUGGGCUCCCUACGGCUACUACUACAGUACACAGUCGACCACGUCUUCCCUCUGCAGCACUAUCGAGCACUCGAGGAGUUAUUUCUACGGAGUGUCCAUCAAAAGCCCAUUACAGCAUCGGCGGUGUACAUAUUGGGAGAGAUAGUGUCGAGCAAGACAGACGCGGCGCAACCCUUAGUAAGGCUAUUCACUCAUCAUGAUCUCAUUGUGCCCAUUGUCAAGGAGCUCGCCGACGCCGAGAUUUCUGCUCUCACCGACGCGACAACAAUAUUCCGAGGUAACACUCUAGUAUCCAAGAUGAUGGACGAAGCGAUGCGGUUGAGCGGGGCCUCGUACUUGCGCGCGGUACUGCGGCCCACGCUAGCGGCCGUGCUUGCCGAGCGCCGGCCCUGUGAGAUCGACCCCGCGAGGGUCAAACCCUCCGCCGCUGUCACUGCCAACCUCGCUAACUUGAAGGACUAUGUGGAACGGGUAUUCGCGGCCAUAACAUCAUCGUACGCAAUGUGUCCGGCGGCGAUGUGUCGCCUGUUCGACGCGCUGCGGCAGUGCGCGGCGCGACAUUUCCCGCGUAACGCUGAAGUGCGGUACUCUGUGGUAUCGGGCUUCAUCUUCCUGCGGUUCUUCGCGCCCGCUAUACUUGGACCCAGGCUCUUUGAUCUCACUACUGAGCAAAUUGACCCACAAACAAACCGUACAUUGACGCUGAUCUCGAAGACGAUCCAGUCUCUGGGCAACCUGGUGAGCAGCCGGUCGGCGCAGCAGGUCUGCAAGGAGGAGUACAUGGCGGAGCUGUACCGCAGCUUCUGCACGCCAAGACAUGUGCAAGCAAUAAAGCAGUUUCUGGAAAUAAUCUCCACAAGCACGGAUACACAGAACAACAAUGUACAAGAAACGCCCGUACUGCUGAAAGAAGGAACUAUGAUCAAGCGGUCAGAGGGAGUGCGAGCGGGCGCGGGGUCGCCGCGUCGACGCUGGACUCGUGCCGCGCAUGCGUACGCCAAGCGAAGACACUUCAGGCUUACAAGUGGCGAGUUGUCGUGGUCGCGGUGCGGCGGCCGGGCGGCGGCGCAGCGGCUGGCGCUGUCGGGCGUGCUGGCCGUGGCCGCCGUCGACUGCCCGCCCGCCGGAGCCCCGCUCGGGGCCAACAAUAUCUUCCAAAUAGUGCACCGCGACCGCGUGCUGUUCGUGCAGGCGUCGAACUGCGUGGAGCGCGCGGAGUGGGUGCGGCUGCUGUCCGCGCUGUGCCGCCACGAGCCCGCCACGCCGCCGCAUCGCGGAUACUACGCCGACUCCGAGUGGACAUGCUGCGGUCGCACGGAGGCGGCGGCGGAGGGCUGCGGCGGGCCGGACGGCGCGUACGAGCUGACGGAGCCGGCGGCGCGCGAGGUGCGGCGCGGCGGCGCGGCGCUGGCGCUGCGCCUCGACCCCGCGCGCGACCUGCAGCGCCUGCACGCGCUGCUCGUGGCGCACGCGCCCUGCCUCGACGACCGCCUGCACCGCCCGCAAGAGGGUACGAGUGUAGAAGAACGCGAAGCGGAGGCUGCAACUUUACGCGAAUUGCAAGAGACUAUGUUCCACCUCGAACAUCGACACCGCAUAUACAGGCGAUCACUCGCUCGAGAGACCAAGUAUGGCAGCAAGCAGGCACCCAUCGGAGACGACAACUACCUGCACCUGGCCGGCGCCGCCAGCGGCGUGGACGGAGGCCCCUUCCUGUGGCGGCCGUGGCGCAGCGACACCUCGCCCACCGUCGACCUGGACGGGAAGACGUUGCCCCUGCAGAACUCGCUCGACAUCGGCUCAAGCACAGAAUCUCUCAAGCUCGCCCGCCACGCCGACGAACGAUCCUCCGGCAAGUCUAACAAGUCAACCGGCAGCGGCUACCUUACUAUGUCUUGUAUAAAGCACGAGCCUUCCGAAGACAGCGACGCCUCAGCCGAAAGACCGGCGCGUCCACCGAAACCAGCUCGACUGUCACCCGCCCGAGCACAGGGCGGCCAGCCCGCGGCCGCCACGUGCGAGUAUGUGCACGUGGAGCCGCGCCCGCCCGAGCGUCGCGCGCGGCCCGAGCCCGACGCGCCCUACCGCUGCAAGGAGUACGAGCUCAUGGCCGACUUCAUGAGCCACGCGCGCGCCGACAGCCCGCCCGCCGUGCCUCCGCGCGGACACGCGGCCCGCGCGCGGCCCCCGCCGCGCCCCGACCCCGAGCCGCCCGCGCUCGCCGACGACGCCGCCCGCACCGACAAUGUCUCCACCGACGACAGCUUGCUCGACGAGCUGCAACGCGACACCUAUUGCGUGCUCAAGGUAUGCGAGGAUGAGCCGACUGAAGCUCUCAUCGCCCCUUCCCCGCCGGAGGAACAUCCGGACACCGAACCGUUCUCUCGUGCGUGCGCCCAGCGUAAAUCCAAUCCCAUCAAAAGUCAGACCACCUCGACACGACCGCUCAAGACAUCUAGCUCGACGUCCAAUGUCCACGACGCGGGUUCGACGUCGUCGCGUCCGCUAGCCGAGCGGCUGACGCCCUUCUUUUUAAAGAGAAAAUCUAAACCGCCAGAAGAAACUCAGACGGCUCCGCGAUCUACACGCAAGGAGGAAAAUCUCAUCGGACGGCUGACGCCCCGCUUCGGCCAGUCCAGACUGUAUGGGCGGGGACAGUCUCUGGAACUAGCGCCGCCGGAAGGCCGCACGAAACGCAUCGAACGCUCGGCCACGACCGUGAACAUCCCGACGAGGCCGAUCAACUCGUCGAUCGUGGCCAACCUUAAGUUCCUGAGCCUGCACCGGUACGGCGCGCAGGAGCCGGCGCCGGAGGCGGGCGCGGGCGGCGCGGACGCCGACGCGUGGCGUCGCUCGUCGCUGCUGGCCGCCGCCUCCAGCGACAUCCGUCUGUAGCCGCCGAGCCGACGCGCCACGGGACUGUAAAUUUUUAGAAUUAGGUUGUAUUUAUUUCUAUAUUUUUCGAGAUCCUUUUCGUCGACCUGAAGUGUGUGCCUCCUCUAGAUAUUAGUAUAUUUCUGGAAGAAUGCCGGUACUUUUAAGUAUAGAAUGAUAUGGUAGCGUUAAUGCGUAAAUACUCAAAAGGUGCCAAGUGUUGUGCGACUCUUUAUGUCCACGUCGAACGAACUCUCAUUCCUGUAGCACAAUAAUAUUGUAAAACUCUAAACAUUGACAUGAUUUUUUAAUCUUUAUUUGAUCGGUAUCCUAUCUAAACUUGAAUCUAGCCAUACGUCAUAGCGUAUUUUUAUAUAUAUUUUUAAAUUGAUAAGUGUGGUACUAGUUGUGAAGUGCAUGUAUUUUCGCAAUUUUACAUAAUAUGCGUAUUAUGCAGUACAUUUAAAAAAAUGGUGUGUUUCGUUUGAUAUUUCACGUAAUAAACACUGACAAUUGCAUAUCAUUUGUCAGAUUAUGUAAAUUACUUCUAAGAUAAACUUAGCUAGAUCAACAUCUUACAUAAUGCAAACAUUCAAUAUGUUCUUCUGUAAAACGAAACACACUGUUAUGAUAUCAGGUACAAGCAAUUUUUUGAAUAUUGUUACAAAGUAACUUUGUAAAUAGUUUUUCAAUCUGCACACUGUCUCUCCACAAAUUGUUACCUAUCCAAUUAGAGCACUUUGAAUGUGUACUUAAGUUGAUAUUACUGAUAUCAAAGCCUUGUCAUAUAAUUUACUCAUAAAAUCUGUUAUUGUAUUAACAUGUCUAAAUAUUACCUAUGUCAAAGUAUGGCCUUAAUGUUAUUUAUUCAAGUUAUGGCCUUCAGGUUAAACACCAUUUACUUAAACUGUGAUUCACUUUACAAACUCAGCUCAUAAAUAUGUUAAAAUAUCGUAAUAAUAUUUUAGUCUGUACAUACUAUAAUAUAAUUAGUCAAUUAUAAAACAUAAAUCAAAAAGCUGUAUCGAAUAUUCGCACAGGAAGUUACAAUUAGUUUUAUGAUUAUGUAUGUAAUAAAUUUGGUGAAACAAUUAAUUUGCCGUUGUACUGCCAUGCGUGUUGCUAUUGUGAUCGUUCUCGUGGCCGACUAUUGCUGGGGUCGAGUGCCCUCUACAGUCUCUAAGGGCCACAGCAUGCCUUACACAGUUUAGCUUAAGUGACUGUAUAUGUGAAUUAUUUUCUUUAUUCACAUCAAUAUAGUAUGUAACAUAAUGGGUUUGGGGACAAUUACAUUCUUUCAAUUCCAAUUGUUGGCUAUUUUGUAUUAUCUGAAACUUACCGAAUUCAUAUUUUCUUAACUCACUCAUAAUAGUAACAAAAUUAUGUCUAGUUAACAUUAGUAACUUAUGAAUUAAACUAUGCUCUCCUGUUGGUGCUAAAUACUUGUUAUUUAAAUAAAACUAUUUUACUUGUACUAAAAUGGUAAGUAUAUUUUAAAGUAGAAUAAUAUGUCAAGGGAAACAGUAUUUCUUGGCAGUAUAACGGCAUUGCUACUCGUUUAUAACUCAAUUGGUAUUUUAAGUGCGUUAUUGCCUUUUAGAAAAUUAAUUUACAUUUAAGAAGAAAUACAUAAUGUACAAAUUAAUACGACGUGAAAAUAUAUAAUGUUAUUUAUUUCCACCUAUUUUCAUUUUGUUAAUAAACCACAUAAGUUCAAAUUUUUGAAGUA